AUCAGAAGUGUUCAAACCUUUGAACAGCUUAGAAUUGAGAGGUGCAUCAGGCUUGAGCCUUGUAAAUCUAGAAAGAUGUUGCCAACUUGCGACAAAGUUUGCAUUAUUUCUAUGCUUUUCCUUGUCAUAAAAUUUGCGGAUGCUAGCUGUCUAAUCAAGUAUAAACCAAAUGCAAGAUCCUUACAAGAUAAGUUCAAUAUAAACUCUGGUAAAGGGCCGCUCAUCUAUACAUAUCAAACCAAAGGGCCAGAAGUUCGCUAUCCAAUAGUCAUUCGCGACGAACUCUGCCUUUACUUUUCUGACAACAAUAUAAAACGACCUGACCACAGGAUCAAUCUUGCAUGUCCUGGAUGCAAUGUGCGUAUUGAAGAUGAUCUCAGUGUUACUACUACAGAAACGACUUAUUUGACCGAAUCGCAAUCGUCUGCAGAAUUGAGAUUUAUUUUUAAUAGUACAGACACGAAGAAAGUUUAUAUGCACCCUUCAACCUUGGUGAAAUGCACUGGAAAUACCAAGCAUGAAAUGAGAACUGGCGGGAUAAAGGAAACUAAACGAAUGUAUCCAAUCGUAGUCAAAUUAAAUGGUUUAUAUGCUUUACCAAUCUACCGUAUCUUAAAAGACCAGCAGAGUGAAAUUCAUGCGUUUAGCCAUGUUAAAAUUACUUCAUCCAUCGAAUACAGGCCUAGAUUUGACGAGUUAAACGAAUAUAAAGUAGGACUAAUCUAUAAUAAGGCAAUCGAUUUCACUACAAUUUACAGAAGAGAAUAUCAAAUGCAGCAGUUCAAAAAUCUAGGUGUCGAUAAAAAAGCAAUUGAGGAAUACUUCUCUGAAGGUAAUUAUUUAGUAAAAGGAAAUUUAGUAUCCAAAGAUGAUCUAUUUUACUACGCUCAACAAAUGAGUACGUACUACUAUGAAAAUACGUUUCCCAUGUGGCAUAGCAUCAACGAAGGGAAUUGGAAGUUAGUUAGUGACAUUAUCCGAAAAUCCGCUGAUCAAACUGCUACAGAUUGGGAAGUAUCCGCAUAUCCAUUUGCUGAUUUGCGAAUAAAAAAUAGCUCAACGCUUUACUUGGGUUUUGCAGAUCCACUGCACAAAGUAAGAAUUCCUCGUAUACUUGUCAAGAUAGCUUUUUCAUCUGCAAAUCCAAAACAUGGAAUGGUAUUCCAUGUCGUUAACGAUCCACAUAUAACUGACGACGAUUGGUUAGAAAUUCUGGACCCUAAGAAAGGAUUGUGUAAAAAUCUUGUUAGUUGUAGCGACGACCAUCCUGACUUUUUAGUGGCCGCAAAGGGAUUGACAUUUUGUUGUUCACUCGAAGACAGUAAAAUUGCAAUGAAUUUCCAGAAAUAUAUCGAAAUAUAAGCGCAAAUAAAUAUAAAAAACUUCAUACUACCUAUGUAACUAUGUGUAACAAGAAAAUGAUCAUAAACGUAUAUUUUUACUCGA